AUGGAACUCAUUGAUUUACGCUGGUGUUUAGCAAGUUGCAUUCGAAGAGCUCAGAGAUAUACGGAGAUUACUGGGAAGCAGUCAAUAGGUGGACCGUCAACAAAGCUGGGAUUCGACAAAUCCAAAGUGACCUGUUUCAGAUGUAAACAAAAGGAUCAUUUCAAAAGAGAAUGCAAAAACUCUGAAGUUGACGAAACUAAGAAACCUUUCAAUGAUGAUUAUUACCGAAAGGCGAUUUACCACUGGAGCAAAGAAGAGCAAAAAAUGAUUGAAAAUAGUCCCAAAGAGAAGUCAAGAGCAUGUGCUGUAAUCCAUGAUGACGAAGGGUAUGAUUGGAGUCAGAUUCUUCCAGAAGAAGAUCGUGUUGAUAAUCGAUGUACAGCUCAUGGCAAAACUAUAUCUAAAAACAAACAUUAUGCUUUUGUUGCUGAAAUCAAAGAGAAAACCAGAGAAGAGAUUCUGAAUGAGAAAACAUACAGAGAAAGAAACAUUGCUGGAAAUAGAUUUGAUGACAUGCAAGAAGAGUAUGAAAGUGCUGUAAGCAAUAAAAGAUGGGACAAGAAACGAGAGUGCUAUGUCAACAGAGAGGGUGAACCUGUUGUUCCCAAAAAGAACACAAUUUUUGAUGAUGUUCUUUUAGUAAUUCCUCGAUCUGUCGAAUACUAUACAAAUGUUGAGAAAGAUAAAACAUAUGUGAAAAGGCUGGAUAAAAUCAUUAGAGAUGUCAUGAUAUCAAGUUUGAGGAAGAGGAAUGAAGAAAGAAUGAAGAAAAAUGUUGAUGAGAUGGUGAACGAUUUAAAAAAGGUUGCUGAGGAAGUUAAAGUUGAUGUUGUUAAAGAAGAAGAAGAAGAUGUGAAGAUUUCUGAGGAAAAGAAGGUUGUUACUGAAGAACAGCAGGUUGAAGAAGCUGAGAAGAAGAUUGAAAGUUCGGUUGAAGUGAAGGAUGAGAUUUUGGAGGUUGCUGGUGAUGUUGGUAUUGAUUCUAGUGAUGAGAAGAAGAAUGAUGCUGAUCAGAAGCAGAUGGAAGCAAACACCGAGGUGCUUCCGAAGAAAUUUGAUUGUCAACAAGAAGAGUGUCGGAGCAGCCUGGCACAAGAAGAGGUGGCUGCUGAACCAUGUGUUGAUUGA